AUGGAACCAAUAAAAGAGGAUGAUGAAGAUAUCAAUAAUAAUAAUAAACGAAAUUCAGGAUUUACUGAUGUCUUAGAAGUAUUAGAAGAAUGUAUAUCUGAUAUUGAUAGAAGUAUUCAGGAAGUUAAAGAUUCAUCUUAUAUUACAAGUAAUCAAAAAACAAUAAAUAUAUAUAAUUGUACAGGUAUUGUACCAUUUAUUAUAACUCAAGGAUCAGAAAAUUGUCAAUUAAUAUGUAUUGAAAGUAUUACAUAUCCUGAAAUAUGCCCAGAAAUUAAUAUUGGAGAUGUUUUAAUUAGUGUUGAAGAUAGACUUUUCCCAGGUUUAACAAGAAAUGAAGCAUUUUUAAUUCUCGAUGAAUUAUUUUCAUUUUACGAUCAUAUUUCUAUUUGUAUUAUAUCACCACAUUUAAUACCUGUUAAUUUAUCACAUCUUUUGAAUGAUAUAAAAUUUUUAAGUCUUCAUCAUAUUAUAAGAACAAAUAUAUACUUUAAUAAUGUACCGUAUACUACAAAAGAACUUGAUGAUGAAGAAAUAUCUGGAGAAUAUUAUAAUCAUGUUUCAUAUGAUGAUUUUAUGUUUUUAGUCAAAAAUAAUAUGCUUCUUGAAUAUGGAGAAUAUAAAGGUCAUUUGUACGGUACACCCGUUCCAAGAAAUGCAAAUAUGAUUAGUGAUAGUCGAGGUCCAUUACCUCCCAAUUGGGAAAUAGCAUAUUCUGAUGCUGGAGAACGAUAUUUCGUAGAUCACAACACUGGGACAACACAAUGGAACGAUCCAAGAGAUGAAAUUUUGCCUCCCGGAUGGGAAAAAGUUGAUGAUGAGGUUCAUGGAACAUUCUAUGUUAAUCACAAUACAAAAACAACUCAAUAUAAUAAGCCGUCAUAUCAACAAUUAGAAAGAAAUGAUGGUUUUAGUAAUCAAAAUGAGUAUUCAUCUGAAAAUUGUACAUAUAAUGGUGAGUCAAAUAAUAUUGAAAUGUAUCAACAAAAAGAAGUUAAAAAUUUAAAUGAAUCACAGGGAUAUGGACUUAUUGGUACCCAUCCAACAAAAGCAAUUUAUACAUAUAAUACAAUUACAACAAAUAUUGUUAAUGACCCUACUACAUCAAUUCCAAUAAAUAGAAAACAUAUAAAUACAUAUGAUAUAGAUAAAAAUUAUGGAAAUCUUAAAAUUGAUGAUAGAGAUAAUUUUAAUAAAUCAUUAACAUCACAAUAUGAAUUUACUAGAUAUGUAUCAAAAUUAAAAGGUCAAAUAUAUAAAACAGCUAUUGUUAAAGGUCCCAAAGGAUUAGGUUUUACUUUGAUUGGUAAUGAUGGUGGUUCUGAUAAUGAAGAAUUUAUACAAAUUAAAGGUAUAAUACCUAAUAGUCCUGCAGAAUUAAAUGGUGUUUUAAAGCCAGCUGAUGUUCUUGUUUCUGUUAAUAAACAAUUAAUGCUUGGAGCAACACAAGAAGAAGCAUGUGAAAUUUUUAGAAAUAUUCCUAUUGGUGAAACUGUAUGUAUAGAAAUUUGUAGAGGAUAUCCAUUUUUAAUACCUGUUAAUAAUAAAGUUGUUACAGAAAAUAUUUAUGCAUCAUCUGCAUCAUUAAAACAACAAUAUAAUUAUUUUACUGUUACAACUAAAAAAACAAAUCAAGGUUUUGGUUUUACAAUAGGUGAUAGUAUUGGUGGACAUCAAAUAAAAUCAUUAAUACAUCCAUUACAAUGUCCAAAUUUACAAGAAAAAGAUAUAAUAUUAGAAAUAGAUAAUAUAAAAGUUCAUAAUUUAAGUCAUGAAGAAGUUAUUCAUAUAUUACAUGAAUAUCCACCAAAUAGUAUUGUAAUGUUACUUGUUAAAAGAUUAGCUAUAAGACAUCGUUCUAAAACACCAACACCUGGAUUUAGAUAUGGUGAAACAUUUCAAAAAAAUAGUAUUACAACAAAUUCAAGAUCUAAAACACCAGGACCAAAAAGUAGUACAAUAAGUGGAAGAAGAAAUGAUAGAACAAUUAUUGGUAUACAAAGUAAUAAUUUUUAUAAUAAUGUAAAAAAUGAUAAUUUUAAUCGUCUUAAACAAUCAAAUACAACAUUAGAUUUUACUAGUGUUCCUACAUAUGUCCCAAUUAAUUAUAAUGGAAAUUCUAAAAAAAUUGUUGUUAAUCUUAUAAAAAAACAUAAUGGUUUUGGAUUUAGAUUAUAUGGUGGUGCAGAAGCUAAUACAGAUUUAUCAGUACGUGAAAUAAUUCGUGGUGAAGCAGCUGAUUUAGAUGGUCGUUUAAAAGUUGGUGAUAAAAUUGUUGAAAUAGAUAAUAUAUCAGUUAUUGGUUAUACUCAUGAAAAAGCUCUUGAACUUAUUAAAAAAAGUUUUGAAAAUGGUCAUAUUAAAUUAGUUGUAGAAAGACCAUCUGAAAAUAUUAGUAAUGGAAUUUUACCAAGAUCUGUAUCAUUACCAUUAAAUCAACAUCCUCCUUUAUCUAAUUCAUCAUUACCAUAUGAUGUUGUAUUAACAAAAAGAGAUGAAGAAGAAUUUGGUUGUGUUAUAAUUUCAUUAAAAGAACGUAAUGGUAGUUAUAUAGGUAAUGUUUUACCAAAUACUCCUGCAUAUAGAAAUGGAAAAAUAAGAAUAGGUGAUAAUGUUAUAGCUGUUAAUGGUAUUCCUACAAUUAAUUUAUCACAUUUACAAGUUAUAAAUCUUAUAAAAAAUUCAGGCCAUCAAGUUUGUCUUACAAUUGAUCCAACAGGUUUUCUUGUAAUUGAUAGAAAUGCAAAAUAUAAUGAUAUAUUAGAAUAUGCACAACAUGUAAAAAAUGAUUAUGAUAUAAAUUAUCAUAAUGAUAAUAAUUCAAUACAAAAUUAUGGAAGACAUUAUAAUCCUUCAAGAAUAAUAGAUAUAGAUAAAUUUAAUAUUAAUGAUGAAAGAAAAAGUUAUUCAAUAACAAAACAAACAGAAGGAUUAUAUGGUCAAGGUACAAUAUAUCAAAAAGGUACACCAUUAUAUUCUGCAUCUGGUACCCAUUAUAAUCCUCUUCCAUCGAUGGAUAAAGGUAGUGCCGCAGAAUCAUUAAUAUCAAUUCGUCUUGUUAAAGGUAAUAAAGGUUUUGGAUUCUCAAUUCGUGGUGGAUGGGAAUUUGGAAAGAUGCCUUUAUUUGUUCUACGUAUUGCUGAUGAUGGUCCAGCAGCAUUAGAUGGUAGACUUAGAUUAAGUGAUCAAAUUAUUGAAAUAAAUGGUAUAUCAACAAAAGAAAUGACACAUAAACGUGCCAUUGAACUUAUAUUGCAAAAUCCAGAAGUAACAUUACUUGUUAGUAGAAAAGUGUAUACUUAA